GUCAGACACAUCAUCCUUCGUCGAUCCAGUAUUUCUUGCAAGAUUUGGUCUUUCCCGGGUUAAUUUGAUCGAUUAUUUUCUCCAUCCUCUCAACCCUUUCCGGACGCCAAACAAUACGAGCAAUGAAGUCUUGACGAUGCAGGGGAUAAGCAUUGAAUUGUUGAUGCAACCUAGUUUCGGCCAUAUUCCUCUCUCUCCAAUGGCAGCAGAGGAGGCAUAUGCCAAAAAUCUGUCGAAACUGACAGGAGAUCAGUAUGAAUUGCUUCCACCACCCGAUCCCAAUGAUCUUGAACAAUACACUCUACCGUCGCCUUUGUACACAAUACGUCAUGUCAUUCGGACAAAUGUCAAUAGUGUGAAGGUUUUGGGAAUUUAUUACGUGGUUGAAGGGGUAAUUUACAAGAGUCCAGCUAUACGAUCGUUGAUGAAAUCCAAUGUCUCCAGGACACUAGAUGGCUUGGCAGGUAUGGCUUCUAUUGUUUUUGAGAGAGCAACACAACUCACCGUUGCAAGGGUCGCACGGUACUGUUCCAUCAUAGGCCCGCCAUCUUGUUUUUGUUUUUGAAUGGUAUUCGGUUCGACUGSACAUCACACUUGGGGCAGUGACUGACAGAUAACUGGUUUUAUUUCGUUUUUUGGUUGCUUCGAUGUCACUACAGGGGCUUGUUCUGCGCUCAGUGUUUGCGCUCGUUAUCUUCCAUCAACCGGAUAUACCUGGUUGUUUAAUGAAAACGAGGACGUCAACAAGUCGAAGAACRAUGUCGAUGCUGUCGAUCCGGUUGUCUCACUUAUGAAAUUGAACAAACGAAUGAAGCGACGUAAAAUCCUCGACAACCGUAAGGCUGGGGAACGAAACGAGGCAGAAGAAGAAGGACUCCGUGCAUCUGCAGCGAUUGAUCAAAUAUUAGUGCGUCUGAGCAAGAAUUCRCAUUUUACUGCGGCCACAAGCAUAGAUGACGAUAGAACCUCUACGAACAUUCCACAAUAUCAGGGUGGUACAAUAGCUGUGGCAGAGCCAACUUCAUCGAAUGAUCGGACCACUACCACGGGUGUCCUUGCGUCGUCGUCGCUGAACGUCAAAUAGGCUUUAAARGCAUUCGCGCAUUAUCACAAUUGAAU